AUGCGUUCUGCUCUUUCUCAUCGAGUUGAUCCAAAUGAAUUGAAGGCAGGAGACCAUAUUUACACUUGGAGGACUGCCUACACUCAUCAUGGUGUUUAUGUUGGCAAGAACAUGGUUGCUCACUUCAUUGCUCCAGAAAACAAGUCUGGCUCUGUUUCUAGUGGGAGGUUAUUGCAUUCUUCUCACGCAUUUAAAUUAGCUUCAUGUUCAAAAUCUGCUGCUGGCCCUAGCCCUGCUCCAGAACUUUCACACCUUAAGAGUUUAGAAUAUUAUGGGAGCUCUACUUUGAACUGUUCUCGCUGCAGCUUAGCUUCAGAUCAGAAUCUUUUUUCAUGUUUGAGCCUUCCCGAUUGUGGAUUUAGGCUAGCCGACAGUGGAGUGGUCAUCUCUUGUUUAGACUGUUUCGUUGGAACUGGAAAAUCACGCAUGUAUCGGUAUGGAGUGACAACAGCAGGGUAUUAUUGCAAAGUCCGUGGCACGUGCACCACUGCGCAAUCGGAUCCACCUCAGGAAGUGAUUCAUAGAGCAAUGUAUUUGUUGCAGAACAAUAUAUUUGGGGAUUAUCAUCUCUUCAGGAACAACUGUGAGGAUUUUGCUUUGUAUUGCAAGACAGGUCUUUUGAUUAAGGGCGAUUCCUCUACCGGAUGCAGUGGUCAGACUUUUUGGAAACCUGACCUUGGUUUACGACAUGAUGUCGCCAAGGUUGAGGUGGAAGACAUGCCGUCGUUUCGUGCUGAACUCUGA